AAUCGACGACAGUUGCUACACUUUACGGUAGUGCAACGCUCGCUAAGCAUCAGUGUCAGCAGCAGGCGUGUUUGUGUCAUGUGUAUUGGACUUACAUGCAUUGAGGCGCUGCAAGGUGGAUCCAGCCGAACUUGGCUCCUGACGGUGCUGCUGAGUGCGUUUAUGUUCCAAUUGCUGAGGAGCGUGGGACUGAGGGCGUUCUCCAUGGCUUCCGAGACGUACAUUUCAGGCGCGCACUCUGCUGCUUUUGUCACCUGCCCCAAUGACACGGUGGCCAAAAACUUGGCCAGAGGCAUUGUGCAGCAGAAGCUGGCCGCCUGCGUCAACAUCGUGCCCGCCAUCACGUCAGUGUAUGAAUGGCAGGGAGCUGUCCAGGAGGACAGUGAGGUUCUGCUGAUGAUCAAGACCAGAAGCUCCAAGGUCUCCGAUCUAACCGAUUACGUCCGUAAGAACCACCCGUACGAGGUGGCCGAAGUCAUCAGCCUGCCCAUCGAGCAGGGCAACCCGCCCUACCUCCAGUGGAUAUCUGACGUCGUGCCCGAAUGAGGACGUGGUAGUCAUGGACGGGUGACUAGUGUGCUAAUUACUUAAACACAACAAAACUGUUUAUAAUUAGCUUCGCUUUAAUCAAUGCGUGGGGAAUGUACGUUUGUGCCGAGGGGACAUCGUCAGUACUUCAUUACAAUUUUUU